AUGAUUUUAUUUACGCUUACAAUAGUUUUUGCGUUUUUUAUUCCUUGUAAAGCAUUUAGUAGCAACGUCGAUGAUAAUGAUUACAACGACAUAAACACAUUACAAGUCUGCGUUUGUGUGCCUUAUUGGCAAUGCAAGGAAGAUUUUAGCGGUCUAAUCGAAGAAGGAGUCGGUAUUGUUGAUAUAAGGAGUUUACUGAAUAGCAAUCAAAGUGAGCCACCGUGCACUGGUGACUUUGAUGUGUGCUGUAAGAUAGAGUGCGGCAAACGUAGAAGCAUCCCGAAGGCUGAGAAUAAAAAUAUAGGGUUUAGGAUUAUCGGGGCAGACAAUGACGCCACAUUUGGGGAGUUUCCUUGGAUGCUGGGUGUACUCCAGGAUAAAACUUACAAAUGCGGGGCUUCCCUGAUUCACCCACAGGUGGCGGUAACAGCGGCGCACUGCGUGGGGGGGAGAAGGCCUUAUAAAGUCAGGGCUGGCGAGUGGAAUUGGUUGGUUAAGGAUGAACCGUUGCCGCAUCAAGAUAGAAUAACGAAAAAAGUUGUCAUUCAUCCGCAAUAUAACUCAGGCACCCUAAGCAAUGAUAUUGCUCUAUUGGUGCUAAGAGAACCCUUUAAACUAAUGGAGAAUGUUGGUGUGAUAUGUUUGCCUCCAAAACAUCUACACUUGGAAUCUCAAAAUUGCGUUGCCACCGGUUGGGGUAAAAAUUCGCAUAAAAAGGGGUCAUACCAAACAACUCUAAAAAAAGUCACCCUCCCUUUGGUACCAAGAAGCAUUUGCUUGAGGUCUCUACAAGAAGCAAUGCUGGGACCUUCUUUUAUACUACACAAUAGUUUUCUAUGUGCCGGUGGCGUCGGUAAUAAAGAUACCUGUAAAGGGGACGGAGGUAGUCCUUUAAUUUGUCCGGUAGAGGGCGACAUGGGGAAGUAUCAACAAGUGGGUAUAGUGUCUUGGGGUCUUACUUGUGGGGUCAUAAAUACCCCCGGGGUAUACGUCAAUGUACUUGUUUUUAGAGAUUGGAUUGACAAUGUUAUGACUGGGGAAGGUUUUGAUACAAAUGUUUAUAAAUAUUACUAAAUAAAAGUUUAUUUUAUUAAUACCGUUGAGUAAAGAAGUCAUUCCUUAGUCAGUGUUAAUACUUUAAAAUGUUACAUUUUAAAAAUGUCUAAAACAUAAAUGAUAACAACUCUAAACGCCUUUUACAAAUUUUUUAAAACUGAUAUAACAUAACAUGAUAUGUAAA